AUUCCCACUAAAAUGAAUCUACAAUCAAAUUCUGCAUUCUGUUGGUAAUGAUGCGAGUGACAUGAAAAUAGUAAUGGAAAUCUAGAGCUCUAGAAUUUGGGUCAGAAAUAUAAAAAUACAUUACAUAUUACAUGAUUAGUCUAUUCUUAUAAUUUAUCUGUGAUAAUACAAUAACGGUAAAGAAGUAUUAUCAAUUUUACGCAUUUACAAAAGUAUUAAAAAUAAUGGGACGAACUGUAUACGCAGAGGAACGUCUUCACAAUUAUUUAAUAUCUUUAGUAAGACCAGAUGAAUACACAAUAGGACUAAUUGUGGGACAGAGUACUGGUCAAAAAGAUUAUAUUGUACAUUUAGCAAAAACACCACCACCUAUUGGCAAAAAUGUUGUAGAAGAAAUAUUGCUUAAUACUACAAUAAAAUCUGAACAAAAUAUUAUUGAAAAUCACAUUAAAUCAGUAAAAGAUAUACCUGAGAGCUGGGUUGCAGAUCAUGCAAAACAUGUCACUAGAAUGUUACCUGGUGGAAUGCGUGUUCUUGGCACAUUUAUUAUUGGUCCAGAGGACAGUAUAAAUGAUAACAAUAUACAAAAAUUUAAAUCUGUUCUUACAAUGAUGCAUAAAAAUUUAUUACACAAUAAAUAUUUAUGUGGGAAUAAUAAUGAAGAACAUCUUAUCUUAAAUUUAAAUAGCAUUACACAAAAAUAUACUUGUAAAUCUAUAGAAAUAAAUACAAAUGGAAUGUUUAAAUCAGUAGAUUGGAAAUUUCAAACUAGAGCUACUAAGUGGCAUCAACUUGAAACAUUUAUAAAUUUUGAUCGCCUAUUUCUUAUUGCUGCUAAUAAAGAUCCAGAAACUCUUAAAAAACAACUACAAGAUAUUUUAAAAACUAUAUCAGAUAUUGUUGAAACUUCCCUUAUUGUUAUUGAAGGAGAAGUUUGGUCCCCACAUGAUACAUUAGAAGUAAUUAGCAAAAACAAAAAAGAUGAAAAAAAUUGUAAAAGUAGUGAAAAAAAUAAUAAUGACCAAUCUAUUCAAAUUAACUUAUAUAUUCCAUGUCAAGAAGAGAAUAUUAAUUCUGAUGUGAAAGUAACGCCAUGUUCUGCUUCUAUACGUUUGAUUGGUCAAUUAGUAAGUAGAACUUUUGUUCAUCAAAAAGCAAUUGUCGAAGAAGCUAAUACAGCAGUAAAACAAGACAUAAUAAGAUCAUUAGCAAGUAGAUUAGAAAUGCAUUGGGAUAGUUUAAUUGAAGAAGAAAAUGGAUCUCCAGAAGAAAAUAUAACAUUACAUGAACCUCCAAGGAGAGUAUUAAUAGCAUUGCCUGAAAGUAAAAUUACCUUAUCGGAUUAUUUAUUUCCUGGUGAAGGAGCUCAAGAAGCUCUUUUAUCAUUGCAAGAACUUUUAGACUUAGAAGUUCAUGAAAGUACUGUUCAAAAAGAUAUUGAACUUGAAGCUGGUAAAUAUUAA